CGGUCCCGUUCAUUGAUCGCCGCUUCCCCCACCUCCAAGCCGCCGAGGCAUGUGCGCCCCUCUGCGCCUCCUAGCGAGCCUAGCCGCCGCCGGGGUAGUUCACAGAUUACCCUGUACUAUACGGGCGUUACUUCGUUUCGUUUAACGGCAACGCAUCAAACACACACAACAACCGUGAAUGUAAACAUAUUGUUCGUUCCAUCAACUUUGUGCCAAUCUCUUUACCGAAGAGAUCCGUACCUGAUUUUGCCUUGUGCAGUGUUUUUUAUGUGAACUGUUUCCUAUAAAGCCAUCAAACUGUGGGGUGCAGGCGCUUUUUUCCUUCCUCAUCAAGGAAUGUACUAUCCGCACAUGGUGCAGACGGGCAUGACGACGCCCUUCGGCGCCGCAACGCCAGCCGGUUUUCCGCAACAAAACGGCGAGGUUAAACCGGAGGAGAAUAAACCGGCGGUGCCGCUGCUCCCGCCUCCAGCAGGUGCGGCAACGGCGGGCGCUGGGCCACCUUUUAGUCCGCCGCCGCCUCAGCCGCCAGCUCAGGCCGAGCCUACCAACAACGGACUCGUCGGCAGUCCAGCAUUAGCACACACGACCCAACAAGCAUUUAAAUGCGAUUCCCAGCAACAGCAACAGGCGGCAACGCCACAAGAAGGCGAGAACGGCGUAGCGGCACCGCAGCCACCGACGUCGGAAGCGUCGACGGACGCCGCGGCGGCAGCAGCGAACGCAGCUGCACUCAACGACCCAGUGAAAAACCCCCCUAAGCGACUGCACGUUUCGAACAUUCCGUUCAGAUUUAGAGAUCCCGAUCUUAGAGCGAUGUUUGGGCAAUUUGGAGCCAUUUUAGACGUAGAAAUAAUAUUUAAUGAAAGAGGAUCUAAGGGGUUCGGUUUUGUAACAUUCGCAAAUAGUGCUGAUGCGGAGCGCGCACGAGACCGACUACACGGCACCGUGGUUGAGGGAAGAAAAAUAGAGGUUAAUAACGCUACAGCUAGAGUACAGACUAAAAAACCACCAACGCUUCCAGCAGUUCCAGUUCUGCAAUGGACCGACGCGACGAUAAGAGCUGGGGUUGCAGCUUUACAGCGUGGCAGGGCGCGCGCCGCCUAUCCGGCGACGGCCGCCGCUGCAGCUGCUUUUGCGCGCCACCCCACGCCGUUGGCGGGCGCCCUUCAAGGCUACACGCCCAUGAUGAACACGCUGCAGGUAGACGGCGGUCUCUAUUACGAUCCCUUCCUUGCGCAUGCGGCUGCUGAUCCAAAUUACAGGCUACAGGCCGCCGCCGCAGCCACUCCCCUACUAAAAACGCCUCUGUCGACUGCCCAACAGGCGAGCUACGCGGCCGCCGCUACCUACACGGCGGUGGCAGCGCGAUACAACGCCGCAGCUGCAGCGCAACCGGUCGCCGGCUACGCGGCCGUCGCAGCUGGAUACGGCAGGGAAUACACCGACCCUUACUUGGGACAUGGCAUCGGCCCUAUGGCCGGAUAUGGGGCCGCAGUGUAUCGUAGUGGUUACAACCGCUUCACACCCUACUGAACAUAUCGGCAGCUCCGUAAGGCCUACAAAGAAGAGAAUGAACAAAAAACAAUACUCAAAACUACUAUCGUUAUUUGUCUUGUGUACGUAGCACAAUACAGCACAAAUAAGAGCCAAAGAGCUGUUAACUCACUAACAUAAGCCCUUGUGAUAGCCCAUCUUUCUCUCUAACCCAGCUCUCUACUUACCGAUUAGUUAAGUCUAUUUAUAGUUCAAGUAAGGUAAAACAUUUAAAUUAAAAGUUUCCAUUCACUUAUACCGUGGCAGUUUCGUUUAAAAUUACGUUGAAAAUGCAAACAUGGCGAUAUUUGAAUGGUUCCUUGAUUUGUAGCGCUAGAUUAGUGAGUUAAUUUUAACGUAAUUUUAAACGGAAGCUCUCUGUCGAGGGAAUUAGCCAGUGGCGUCGGGAAAGUACGGGCUAAACGACCAAAUAGUAAAAUAGGCUAUUGUUAAUGGACAGUAAAAGUUUCGGAAGCUUAUCGUACGAGCUUAAUCAGUUAAGUAGCUUAGUUAUCUCCGGACAUUUUUCCACGCCCCUGGCUACUGACCAAUGGACCACACAAGAAUAGGGUUACUUAACUAACUAAAAAAAGCGCAUAAAUAUUGUGAGAUAGUUGAUAGUUAAUUCUUUUAACAAGUUUAGUGUUACGUACUCUCUUUCUCUCUUUUAUUUUUACUUUUAAAUAUUAGUUGUAUUUGUCGGUCUCUGAAUUAUUCGAUACUAUUCCGGUGAUUUUAUGGCCAAUAUUAUUUAGCGGAUUAACUAAUUAAGAAAGCUUAAUUUGUAUAUAAUUUUGAUUUUUUUUUAUUUGAAAAUCGAUUAUAUUUUGAUGUAAAUUAUUAAGUAAAUGCACAAUUAGACGAUUAAGUUUCAUUUUUUUUUAUAAAUUGUAUAUAACACAUACUUGUUUUAAAACAGACAUCACAAAAAGGCAUUGACUAUGGAAUACUUAAGAGACUCGAUGACUAAAUGAUAAUGUAGCUUGUAAUUCUUAGUUUUUAAGGUUUAUAAUUAUUUGACUGGUAGGAGUUAUAUUAUACGUAUUACGUACGUUCUAUGUAAAAUAAUCUCUAUGUUUAGGUCUGAUGAUUAAUUUAUAAGAUUGAUAUUAUUAUUAUUUUUUCUAUUAAGUAUAAGUGCAAUGGAAACGUGCAGUACAUUUUCUUUCUAUUUGAAUUUGAGAUGUUGAAUCCAUUCAUGGUAUAUAGAACUUAAAUAUUAAAUUGAUCUCUGAUUUCAAGGUAAGUUAAUUAUAAGGCAUCCCAUUUUUUUUAACCAUUAAAUAUUAAUAAGUAUCAAAUACAUGUAGGUAUUUCAUGAGUGGAUGAACAAUAACAAGUUUUUCAGUGUUUUUGAGAGAUAAAAUCUGAUAAACUUGUUAUGCAACGAAGAACAAAAACGGGCAAUUUGGUGGUGAUUUUUUCUUCUUUAAAUUUUUUUGUUACUUUUAAAUAGAUAGAGUACGGUACUGUAAUUUUUCCUCGUGUUAAUUGUAUUUUUCAUUUAGCGUAUAUUUUGAUACACUUGUUUUAUUAGGCGGUUAAUAUAAUCCCGCAUACAUAUCGACGAUAUUCUCUAAUUAGCUCUCUAGAUAUGUACAGUUUCAAUCAAAUCCAUUUUUUUAUAUUUGUGUAUUUUUAGGAUGUAUUUUCAUUCUUACUUGAUGCUCUCUAUUUUUUUUUUAAUUUUAUAUACUAACUUUACAAACGGUAAUACUCGAAGUAAAUCUCUAUUCACAUGUAUUUUUAUACACGCACACAGAAAAAGACAUUUUUUCGUUUAACACGGUGAAAAUAUAUCCUAUAAUUUAAAGCCAAUAUGUCUAGUCUAUGUAAAUAUCUCGACGUACAAACUCAUUUUCUUUGAAUAAUUAACUAAUUUUGUUUAGAUAUUUUUUAAGUUAACGGUAUCAUCGUCAUUUUAUUAACAAAUCCUUUUCAAUACCUUAAGGUUACAUAGGUAUAUUUGAAACAAGUACGAAAGCACAAAUACAUA